CCAGAACGUUGGCAGUCUCUGCUUGCUGUUCGGCGAGUGAAGAUCGAUUGUUUUUGGGCAUUGGUAAAUGGUAAAUCAUUGCAAACAUGGGAUUAUACCGAACGAUAGUUUUAUUGGCGGCGAUAUCAGCGACUUCCGUGUUUGCGGAUAGAUAUCAUUAUGGACGAGUGCUUUCUACAGCCGGCUGUGCUUCACACACUUGUGGUCAAAAUGCAAAGUGCACAGUGACGGAUGGCAGACCCGUCUGUUCGUGUUUGAACCUCCACAUGGGUGAUCCUCUCGUGCACUGUUUCAAGGUUGAGUGCAUAAUCGACGAGGACUGUCCAAGCACCAGAUCCUGUGCCGGUAAUCACUGUGUGGACCCCUGCCCCGGUUUCUGUGGGGCUAACGCCGACUGCGAGGUGAUCAAUCACGUGGCCACGUGCUCCUGCGCUCGAGGCUUCACCGGUGACCCAUUCACUUCCUGCCGAAUUGCUGACCCUUGUCAACCGAGUCCCUGUGGACUCAACACACGCUGCGAUGUGGUCAAUGAAGUGGCCGUCUGCAAGUGUCUGCCAGGAUACCGAGGCUCACCACUCGCCGGAUGUCGUCACGAGUGCGAGAGCGAUGCUGAGUGCUCGAAUCACCUUGCGUGUUCCGCUAAUUUUAGGUGUGAGAGCCCAUGCUCCAAGUGUGGAGAUGGUGCUAAUUGUGAUGUCGUCAAUCAUCAGCCCAAGUGCUCUUGUCCAGAAAACUGGCAAGGUAAUCCUUACACUAAAUGCUACCCAGAGUGCACAAGUCACUCUGAAUGCCCCGCUAGUAAGCCAGCCUGCCUGUACCAGAAGUGUGCAAAUCCCUGUACCGGUGCCUGUGGAACCAACGCCAAUUGUGAGCUCCGAGGAAUUACCCCAGUCUGCAGUUGUCCAAGGGACAUGACUGGAAACCCAUUCAUCAGUUGCCGACCAUUCACACCAGAGGAUCUUUGUCAACCGAACCCCUGCGGAGAACACGCAAUCUGCACCCCUGGUCAUGAUAACACCGGAAAAGAACGUCCAGUCUGCACAUGUCCCACCGGAUACACUGGGAAUGCCCUCAUAAGCUGCCGAAGAGGUGAAUGCCAGACAGACAGCGAAUGCCCAGACAAUAAGGCAUGCAUUGACUACUUCUGUCAAAAUCCCUGCACCGGAAAGGAGUGUGCACCCAAUGCCAGGUGUGAGGCACGUCGUCACAUUGCUGUCUGUACCUGUCUCGACGGAACGAGGGGAGAUGCAGUCGUUGGAUGCAAUCAGAUUGUAUCCAACACGAGGAAUGGACGGUUUGGAUAUGGAAGAUACUAUUCACAAUAAUGAGAAGAAAUCGACUAUUUUUAUUCAAUUUUUUUUAGGAAACAUCUUUUUUCUGUCAUUGAUCGAUCGAUUUUCGUGGUGAAGUGGUAAAAGUCGAAGAAUUUACAUAUAAAUCGUUUUUCCAAUAUCUUGGAAACUAUUCAGUUAGGAAUUCUCUAGACAAAUGAUCUUAUGAUAUCAUUUUCUAAAAUGACUCAUUGUGAAGAUACUUCGGUAACUAACAGAAAUUAAUUUAAAAAAAGGAGCGUACGAGGAAAAAAAACUGUCAGGAGAAAUUUUUUUCAUAGAUCUUCUGCAAGAAAACCCCGAUUUUUGUUAUUCUGACUUAUUUCAGAAUAAUUCAGCGAAGAACAGAUUGUAUCAUCAUCAUUGAUUGAUUCAGAAUAUCAUCAUUGAAUAUUAAAUCUUUACCAAUUGUGUAAUUAUUUUGGUAAUGGAUGGAUUAAUGAAAAAAAAAUCAUAAGACUAUAAACUGAUUUGCAGAUUUGUUCUGAAGUAAUCCUCUGCUCUCACCCACUUCGUUACGAAUCGAUCACUGUACUGCGUCGAAGCGCAGAAACUAAUUGUAAUACAUUUUUCUGCCUCAUGGUCUAUUACAGGAAAAGCGUAAAAAAACUAAAUACAUGAAUAAAAACCCGUAAAUUGACAUGAAAUAGGUUUCGUCGACGUAAAUUAUGUUCGGUAACAACGCUUGACUCAUUAAUUGUCUUAAGAAACUCAUAGUGAUAAGUAAUUCAUAAUGCCCUCUGGCUUUCGAGAAAUGUAAUGGUAACUAACUAGGAGGAAAGUGGACAUAAACAGAGGAAUUGUAAGAAAUAA